CGAGGCAAACACAUGGUACUAGACUCUGCCAAAACCGGGAAUGUGAGAAGCCAGCAGAACAGAAGAUCACUGUGAAGAUGAGAGAAACCGACGAGCGUCACUUGGAUGGGUGAUAAUGCGGGAUCACACGUCUGGUGUGAACGUGGAGGAGCGGCUGAGGCAGUCUCAGAUGGAGUUACAGUGGAUCCAGAGACAGCUGGCUAUGAUUGGUGCCAGAAACAUACACCAUCACCACCUACACACCAAGAGCAAGACAAGAUAUGAAGUUACGUCCCAGCAAGCUACAGGACACUCUGUCUACAAUGUGAACCGCUUUCGAUUGCUGGAAGAGAGAAACCGAGCUCUGAAGCUUGAGGUAGCCACGCUUCGCCAAGAGAAACAGCAGUAUAGGAAACUGAGAGCAAAGCUCCAUGCUGCCUCGCAGGCGAAAAAUCGUCUAAACCUUGAGCUGAUCAACCACCACCUGAAGACGUCCAAGUAUGACCAGGUGCGAACAGACUAUGACCAGCUGAGACAGACCUUUGCUGUAGUGAGCCAGGAGAGAGACGUGGCCCAGCAGCAGAGGAGCCAACUCCAAGGCAAAGUGGAGAACCUGGAACAGGUUCUAAAGCAUAUGCACGAGGCUGUGGAGCUGAAGCAGCAGCUGCAGAUAGAGCAUGAGCAAGCCUUGGUGGCCCUUCACACCAAGCAGAAGGAGAUCAAUCAACUGCAAAAGAACAAUAAGGACAGAAUGUUUCAGGUCAAGGUUCGGGACCUGAAGCAGAAAUGUGGGUCACAGAGUGAACACUUCCACCAGCUGUCCAACGAGCUGCUGAAUUUCCGUUUGCAAUCAGAUACCGUGGAUAUCCUUAAAAUUAAUCCAGCUUCCACUUCUAAGAUCCCUCUGUUAUCAGAGAAGAAACUCUCACAAGUCAUCGUUGGAUUUGAAGUCCAGACAAAGAAAGGCGAUGAGAGCACGGCAAACCAGCCGCUACUGAUAUCCCAGUUCUUGCCCUGCACACCACAGACUGGAGACAGAGAGAGACAGGAACUGCUCUCUGUUAAAUCCAGCAUCGUGACCAAGGAGCGCCCCAGCAGCCCUCGACAGCGGACCCCAUCAGAGAUGGAGGAUGAGGCCAGCCCAUCACCCAGGUCCAAGCCUCGCUACACAGGCCAGGUCCGCCUUUGCACUGCCCGAUACAGUUAUAACCCUUACGAUGGACCAAACGAGCAUCCUGAAGCAGAACUCCCCCUUGUGGCUGGAAAGUAUCUGUACGUGUAUGGAAACAUGGAUGAUGACGGCUUCUAUCAAGGGGAGCUGCUAGAUGGCCAACGAGGACUUGUUCCCUCCAACUUUGUGGAAUUUGUCCAGGACAAGGAAAAACUAGCAAUUCAGUCUGGGGAUGGGGGGCAAGACCUGGGCUCACGGGACCAUAUGUCCCUGGCCUUGGUGCCAGUGGAUGGAAGUUCCUCCCAGGAUAGCUUCCUGGGCUCAGCUUUGGUUCCCUGUAGCAAUGGGACAGGGGGGCCCCUGGACCCUGAGGACCUGGCUGAAGACGUUGUGCCUUAUCCCCGAAAGAUCAACUUGAUCAAGCAGCUGGCACGGAGUGUCAUUGUGGCCUGGGAUGCUCCACUAGUGCCUCUGGGCUGGGGGAACAUCUCUGGCUACAACGUGUUAGUCGACGGGGAGCUUCGCGCCAGUGUAGCGUACGGUGGCCGGACCAAAUGUCUGCUGGAGAAGCUGGACCUGGACGGCUGCGUUCACCGCGUGUCGGCGCAGAGCGUCACGGACCGCGGCUUGUCCGACGAGCUGCGCUGCACCUUGCUGGUGGGAGCCAACGUGGUGGUGGCGCCGAGCGGUCUCCGGGUGGAUGACAUCCAGCGCGACACUGCCGAGCUCUCCUGGUUGCCUAGCAACAGUAACUACGGCCACACCGUGCUCUUGGACGGGGUAGAGCAUGCAGUGGUAAAGCCGGGAAGGUAUAGACUACGCUUCAUCAACCUGAAGCCCCUGACAGUUUACAAAGUGACGGUGGUGGCACAGCCGCACCAGGUGCCAUGGCAACUGCCGCUGGAGCAGAGAGAGAGGAAAGAAGCUGGCGUGGAGUUCUGCACUCAGGCUGCAGGCCCUCCCCAGCCUCCCCAUGAUGUACAGGUGCUCUGUGGGCAGGCUCCAGGGGUCCUACAGGUCCGCUGGAAGCCCCCCAUCCUCUCUCCCACAGGCACAUCUAAUGGGGCAAAUGUUGUUGGCUACGCAGUCUGCACGAAAGGACAGAGGAUAGCUGAGGUGUUGUUCCCGAUGGCAGACUAUGUUACUGUCGAGCUGACAAGGAUUCAGUGCCUGGAGGCGAGGGAAGUCAUCGUCAGGACGCUGUCAGUACAGGGAGAAUCCCAGGACUCCCAAGUCGCCGUCAUUCCAAACAAUCUCCUCGUGCCUCUACCUGCGAUUCCCCUGCCACCACCAAUGCACGCAGGCCCCCCUCCACACCCCCACGCAGGCCCGCCUCCACACCUCCACGCAGGCCCUCCUCCACACCCCCACACAGGCCCCCCUCCACACCCCCACGCAGGCCCUCCUCCACACCCCACGCAGGCCCCCUCCACACCCCACGCUCAACCCCACCUCCAAUCCCCUCACCAUCUACAUGCCACACCCCAACUUCCUGCUCCACCCCAGGCACAAGUACAACAACUCCCACUCCACCCUCCUCACCCUCAACCCCAACCCAGACUCCCCCACCCAGGCGGGCCCCCGCAGCCCCAGCUUCGACCCCCACAUCCUCAGCCCCUACACCUUCAGCCUCGCCCUCCCCACCAAGGUCCCAGGCCCCAGCACCAACUGCCGCUGCUACCCCACCCCCAUCACCACCCUAUACCUCAGAGACCAGUAUGUGCCAGAGACCUGGAUGCCAAAGAGCACGCGGCCCACCAAGGGGGAGCUUUUCCACCUGGCCAGCCUGGCUGGGAUCCCACACGCUCUCCCUCUUCCCAGCCUCCUGUACCCAUGCAAGGCCACACCCUUGAGGCCCCUCCCCCUACCCAUCUACGCUCCCCCUCCCCUCAGAGGAUUCUUCCUCAGCCUCGAGGCACGCUCAUCCCAGACACCGUGGCCAAAGCCAUCGCCCGAGAAGCAGCGCAGAGGGUGGCAGCAGAAAGUGGCAAGGGCGACAGGAGGCAGGUCAGAUACGGAGAGCAGGGUCAUUCAUUUCACCAGCAUCACUCUGAUGAGGAAGAGGAAGAUGAAGAAGGGUUUGCGCGCGGCCGUCGGAGAGGACCCUCAGUUGAUGAGUUCCUCAGAGGCUCUGAGCUUGGAAGGCCGCCUCACUAUAGUCACAAUGAAGAUUAUCACAGCGAAAGCAGCCGGGGCUCUGACCUGUCUGACAUCAUGGAAGAGGAUGAGGAGGAGCUGUACUCUGAGAUGCAGCUGGAAGAGGGACGUCGACGCAACUCGCACAACACACCCAAGAACAACACUCCUUCUGGAGGCCGUCAUGACCGGGAGACCGGGAGAAGAAUUCCUCAUGGCGGCUCCCAGCCUCAGAGACGACCUCUGAUGGUCCCCUCCAUUGAUGGCUACAGGGAUCGGGAUCGCCGCUCUCCCACGUACUACGAUGAGUCAGAGCCUGAGGAGUCCUUCCGGAUCUUUGUGGCUCUCUUUGACUACGAUCCUCUGUCCAUGUCCCCCAACCCAGAUGCAGCUGACGAGGAGCUGCCCUUCAAAGAGGGGCAGAUCAUUAGGGUGUACGGAGAUAAAGACACAGAUGGGUUUUACAGAGGGGAAGUGAGGGGCAGGAUGGGGCUGAUCCCCUGUAACAUGGUGUCAGAGAUCCGAGCAGAGGACGAGGAGACCAUGGACCAGCUCAUCAAACAGGGCUUCUUGCCACUCAGCACCCCUGUGGACAGAAUAGAACAGAACAGAAGAGGCCUCCGCCGAGAUCAGGCGUCGAGGAGGAUGGUGGCCCUGUACGACUACGACCCCCGAGAGAGCUCCCCUAAUGUUGAUGUCGAGGCUGAGAUGACCUUCUGCGCUGGUGACAUCAUGGCUGUGUUUGGAGAUAUUGACGAAGACGGAUUCUAUUAUGGUGAGAUCAACGGCCACCGCGGUCUGGUUCCCUCUAACUUCCUGGAAGAAGUGCCUGAUGACGUGGAGGUGUAUCUGACUGAUACUCCAUCCCACCACCCCCAGGAAGAGCCUGCCAACCGGCCCCCUGCCAACUCUGCCGCCACCGUCUCAGAGGGCAAACGGGUCACCACAGAAACCACCGACACGGUCGACAACGGCGCCACACCGGUCCGAGCGCCGUCCCCCAUCGUUCGGCCCCUCCUCCCAGGCACCAUGAGACCCCUCAGCCCUGCAAGGGGCCCCCGACUCCCGCUGGAGCCCAGAGACCCCCGGGACCAAGAUCUGGCAAACAAAAAGAAGAAAGGACUACUUUCCAAGGGGAAGAAGCUCCUGAAGAGACUCUCCCCUGUGAAAUAAAAAUAAAAAGCAUACAUGUACAACACGUGCACAUGACGGGCUCUGUAUAUUGCAUCCAUACAAUCAACUCUGAUCCAACAGCACAUGACAGAGAGGAUGUGAGCUUUGUCUCCUGGACUGCGUGAGCCUAUUUUAAUAUAACAAGUGAAACACUUAUUCAUGUAUGGAUACAAAUCAACUAAAUUAUGUACAGUGCAGUGCCAAAAUCAAGAGAGGUCACCUGCAGACACAAAAAAAUAUUACUGUGAUGUAUUUUAAAUCAAAGGAUGACAAAAAAAAAAACUAGGAUUUUCAUGACAUGUUUUUUCUUUAUUUUUCUUUAUCAUUAAUCAAAGAAACUAUUUGUUUCAAGCAGGGUAGCUGUGAAAACAAAGCAUCUGAUUACAUCUAAGUUACUUUUUUUCUCAGCCAAAAAAACAUAAAUUUCUGUGUUUUGAUGUUGUCACUACAAGGAAACAGAGACCAUACUCCUCUAAGAAAAUCUCAAAUAGACUACACUGUUAUUGAGGCAUUCUGUGAAGUAAUGCUGGCUGCUAACACAACAGGCUUUAUUCAGUGCAAUAUCAUAGAGAGGCAGUAGCAUAAUGUGGGAAGAAAAGAAACACUUCCACUUGAGUGGAGUUUAUUUCUAUUUCUGUGAUGAAAGGCAUUUUUUUUUUUAAAGAAUAGCAGAUUGGGCAUUAAACGUCAGAGACACCGGGCGAGCUUAGCUGUUUCAGUGGCCUUUAUGAAAACAAUAUGAGCGUGACAUUCCUCGUUUGCGUUACAUCAGGGUUUUUUUUGUUUCAUGACUGGUCGCUCGUCAUUUUCGAGAAUUAAAUAAGAGCAGAAGUGUUUGUUGUCCUCGCUGUCAAACUGUCAUGAAACGCCUAGUUCAAGACUAAAUUUUGUGUCUGUCUUCCUAUUGCACAAAGGUGGGUGUUCUGAUUGGUAAAAGACAUGUUUUGUGUGCCUGUUUGUGAGUGAGUGUGUGUAAGGCAGUAUGUGAUGCAUUCAUGUUUGGCACCGUUCAUGUUUCUAGUUCACUUGUUUUUGUUUUUGUUUUCUGUAGGAGAGGCCAUGUAGCUACGGGUGGGUCCUGUGAUUUAGUGAUGCGCUGCUACCUCCAUUGCCUGUGCUCUGUUCAGUUUUGUUGUCUCAUGUUGAUAUAGCGGUCCACGUUAAAGCCUCAUAGAAAUUACAACAUCAAAAAUGUCAAGGUGUGCAUUGUUCACUGGUUCUGUUUCAUCGACCUGAGGUCUGUGGAGAGAAAUACAAACUGAUUUAUCUUUUCGUAUCUGGUUACAUUUAUGCUCUACAUGACUUGUACUUACAGUACAUAAGGACUAUACCAUAACACGUUACACAGCUUGUAUACAUUUUAAAAGGGAUUCUAGUACAGAACACAUUUUAUUACUAUGAUCUUAGAUGAUUUAACAAUUUAACAUGUAUUCAAAGUCUGGAGACUGUGUGGAGAAUGUUUCAUAUAUUUAAUCGAGUCUUCAGAAACAAUCAAUCUUUAAUCUUUAAUAUUUGCAUAAUGCCACUCAAACAUCAGAUUAGUGUAAACUAUUUAAUAUCCUGCAGGCUGUCACGCUGACGGUCUAUUAAUUCAGUUCCUAAUUCACUGUCAGUGUAAAAAGCUCCAAAAUGUGUCUUUAUUACAAGAGAGAUGAGACUGCUUGGAGGGAGAAAACACUGGAACUUGAAUGAAGUGUUCUGUGUGAUUAGUGAAAAUGAAUGACCGCAAUUAAUUAGUUUUACUUGUUUGAAAGUCUCUUUUUUUUUUUUAAAUAUUCAGUUCCGCUUUAAGUCAUAAACUUUACCUUAUAUUCAGCAUGGAUCUUCAAUUUCACAUUUUCUUUUGUGACCUAAAUUUGAAAUUCAACCUUUGAAAACCUGUACCAUACCCAAACACAACCCAUUCUCCCUUCGUUUUUGGAUUUCAAGAGACAUUGUGUGUGUGUGUGUGUGUGUGUGUAAGUGUAAGUGUGUGUGUGUGCGCGUGCGUGUGUGUGUGUUAAUUGUACAAGAUUAUAGAAAUAAUACGAUGAAAUUUCAUUUUUGAAAGCAAAUAUAUCUCGGAUUACAAAGAGAAAUACAACAUUAUGUAUGCUGUGGAGGUUUCUAAAAGUGCUCAAGAACUCAAUUCCUAACAGGAGGGAUAGUAUGUCUCAUAGCUUUAAUAAUUAAAACACUUCUCUCUCUGUUCCGUUUUAAAUAUCCAUUGUAUCCAAUUUAUCUCCAGUUGUCCCUUAUGUCAUUUUGCACUUGAGGGUUCUCUCUCCUCAAUAUUUAUUAAUAUUAUUGAUUAAAUGCAAUGACAAGAGAGGGUUUUUUGCCAAAAUGGAAUGUAAGAAAAGUUCAGCUGGCAAUAGGUUUACAUGAUUUUUUGUUCCAAAGCUGUUUAUGUAUAGUUUCUCACUCACAAAGUCGCAAAGUUGAAUUACUGUCACAUGGUGUCCCAAUACCAAAAUCAUUCACUUGUGAAUGGGUGUAGUGUCUCUAAACGCUGUAGCUCUUUUGUACUUUGAUCCAUUUGUAGAUAAUUUAUAAAUGUUUCUACUUGAUUUUACGACAGCCUUUUUGUUAGCACACUGAGAGUUCCUCUCCCUGUAACAGACCGCGAGCAUUCUCCAUAGUGUCCUUUCAAAUCAGAUGUAUCGGUCCACCGUAUGUGCUUGCUUUGUGAAUCAAAGUUUAAAAAUAGAAAAAAAGAAAUCAUUGGACAGUAUUUAUGGUGAUUCAUUAUGUGUGGGUGUGCAUGUGAAAAAAUACAACUUUUAUAACCAAAUUAAAUUUGAUAUUUUUUA